UUGUCUUGUUUUGUUUCAUUCGCACAAUUGUUAGAAAGAGUUGCUCUAAGAAGAGAUCUACGAUGAACGUCUUGUUUACAAGUCUUUUCAUACUGGCCUUAGCUAGAGUAAGCACUUGCGGUAUUGGUUUUGACGAUGAUGAAUAUUACAAAGAUUAUUACGGAAAUGACGAAUGCUACGAUAAAUGUGAUAACACAAGAGAAUGCAGAGCUUUGGAUAGAUAUCCAAGAAAUAAAGCAAAAAGAUGUUUAGAUUUUCUUGAAGACAAAUGCUUCGACUCCGAUAAUCCUAAGCAGUGUCUGGAUUAUUUGGCAAGAAGAAAACAGCCGAGAUGUCCAAGCGGUAUUUUGAGGAAUGCAGUACCGUGUUUGAAGUGUGAAACAGAUUGCGAAGAUGAAGAAUAUUAUUAUGGUGGUGGUUACUCAGGCCCUGAUAUAGGCGAUCGAGAACUUUCUAGAAAACAAAAACAAUGCCUUAAUAAGUGUAAUGCUACAAAAGAAUGUAUCACAUUGUACAAAGCAAACAAGGAUCAUAUGGAUAAAUGCAAAACAUUUUCUUCUGAUGCAUGUGGAGACCAACUGAAAUUAGUCGAUUGCUUGGAACUAACCCAAAGUAAGGUCGAUUCAAAGUGUCCCCAGACUUUCAGAAAAGAUGCUCUCACUUGCAUGAAAUGUGAAGAUAAUUGCAUCACAGAUGACGAAGAUGUAUUUGAGGAUGUGGAAGAAAAAGAAAAGAUUUGUCUCGCUGAAUGUUCAAAGACGCCAAGUUGUAUGAUCAUGGACGGAGCCUCAGAACCGAGAAUGCAAUCAUGCAUGGCUCUUACAAAAUCACGAUGUGAAAUCGACGAGGACGAUAAACUUGUGCAAUGUUUGGAAAGCAUUUCCGACGUCAGCAGCAUUGGUUGUCCAAAAAUUUUCAGAAAAAGUGCGAUCAUGUGUUUGAAAUGUGACAAUAAAUGCACUGCCACAGCAUCCGAGGGAGCAGAUAAACAUAUGCACAAAUUAAUUGGUGGCGGAAAAUGUGAAGCUGAAUGUGACGUAAUGCCAGAGUGUAAAGCAUUGGAUGAAGCUACAUUUAACACUGGAUUUUUAUGCAAUAUAUAUAUUUUGGCAAAGUGUGCAAUGUCAGGUAAUGUGACUCAGUGCAUUAGUGGUCUGAGCACCGCUGAUGCAGAUAAAACUUGUCCAGUCGACUACAGAAAAAAUAUGAUUGCCUGCAUGAAUUGUGAUGACAAAUGUCAGAAAAAUCAGGAAGGGGAAAAGAAGGAAGACACGGAAGAAUGCUUCGAUGAAUGUUCAGAGACUUCAUCAUGUAUAUCAGUCGAUCACGCAGGUGAUAAGAUGAUGAGAAGAUGCAAGACUUUUAUCGAUAUAAAUUGUGAUAAAACGACUGAUGCGAUAGAUUGUCUCGAAAAAAGUACUAAAUAUGACAUAACCUGCCCUGCAGCUUUUCGAAAGAAAUUGUCGGAAUGCAUGAAAUGUGAUAGGGAAUGCGAGAAUCCGACCACAAUGCCCAAAUACGGCACCUGUGCUCACGAUCGAAUGCAGGCGAUGAAAGGAGACAUGAUGAUUGGUAAAUUUAUUCCACAAUGUGAUGGUGACGGAAACUACAAGACGCAGCAAUGUAGUGCUAGUUCAGGAUAUUGUUGGUGCGUCGAUAAGAUGGGUAAAGAGCGGGAGGGAACGCGAACACCGCCGGGACGACCAGCUGCCAAUUGUGAUGCUCCAACUCCUCCAAUGCCGAAAAAAGGUACAUGUACUUAUGCUCGAAUGCUUGCAAAGCAAGGAGGAAUGGUACCAGGUAAAUUUAUUCCACAAUGUGAUGAUGAAGGAAAUUACAAAACACAGCAAUGCAGUGCUAGUUCAGGAUAUUGUUGGUGUGUUGACAAAAUGAUGGGUAGAGAACUGGAAGGAACAAAAACGCCACCAGGGCAACCUCCGUCUAAUUGUGCUUCUCCAAACAUUGAGGUUGCCCCACCUCCACAGAAACCGCAGUUGCCGGUAACACCGCCAGCGUGCACCGAGUCCUGCUUACAACAUUGUGCCAAGAAAAGAAAUGUGAUCAAGCCUGACUGCAUGGCAUGUAUAAGAACCGAUUGUGAUGGAUCAAAAGUGAAUGGAUGUGUGAAAAAAUCAAUUGAAGUAGGUUGUCGAUCAAGGUGCUUUUUGGAUGAAGAAGAAGCUAGGAGGAAAGCUUGUACCGAAUGCACCGAUAAUUGCUCUUCUUUAUCUGAGCCAUAGAAACUUAUCUUGAUGCUUUCUCUUUCAAAAAGAUAGAAUGAAGAAUGUACAACAUAUUACUGAGUUUUCUGGCUAUUUCCUAUAAAUAAAAAUAACUUUGAAAAGUAGUAAUUGUUUAUGCUUUAUCGAUUGCAA